UCAAACCGUCUAUGAUAUUAUCACUUUUCUAUUGAAAUGAUAAUGGCCUGUAUCCGUCUGAUUUUAACGUUUUUAUUAAUUUGAGAUAAGCUAUACACGACCCUUGAUCAGUAUCUCGAACAGCACAGCAAGACUAUAUAUACGUUAAUCUAAAAACGAACUAUUUAAUAAGUGAAAAAUGAGUCGUAUUCAAUUUUUUCAAUGUUUCAUGUUAUUAACUUUGCUGGCGGAUGUGGCUUAUUUAAAAGAUUGUACUCAAGCCAUUGGCAUUAGUGAUGGUGAAAUACCAGAUGACGAUAUUAUUGCAUCAUCUUCAUAUGAUGAUCUAUCUCGAGCAUCACGUGGGCGACUCAAUAUUAAAUAUCAGCCACCGUUGAAAUCAGGAUGGUGUUCAAAAUUUGACAAUAAGAGUCAAUAUCUUCAAAUAGAUUUAGAAGUGGAUAGUGACCUUACCGGUAUUGCUACACAAGGUCGUGGUAGAGAGCCAUAUAGACAUUGGGUCACCAAAUAUUAUGUUUCGCUUCGUGAGGACGGAGGUCCUUGGUUUAAUUUUACCAGAUCAAAGAAAGUUCAACCUGUGAUCUUUAAUGGAAACACAGAUGCAUUCUCUACAGUGUUUCAUUCCUUCGAUCGCACCAUCAAAGCAAGAUAUGUGAGAAUUCAUCCCGUUGAAUGGAAUGUUCAAAUUUGCAUGCGCGUAGAACUCUACGGCUGCCUUGGGAAAAAACUAGUGAUUGAAGACGAUGAUUUGCUAAUUUUAUUCAUCAUCCUAUUGGCUGUUUUCUGCUUCUUUUUCAUUCUCUUGUUAAUGCUAUUGUUGACAAUGAGACGACUUUUGAAACUCCUUGAAAGACGAGCGAAGGAGAAGUCGCGAGCUGAGAUUUCACUUCGAGAUAGCAUUGAUGGCGACAGACUGUUCAAACUAGAUCGUUCAACAGAUGACACUUAUAUCCCUGAGGAGCCGACACAGGGAACGUUUAUAAAAAAUAGCAAAAGCAGUACAACUAAUGGAAAUAAAAAAAACAAGCUCCCAGUUUAUGCAGCAGUACAUAAAUCCAAAGAAAAAUCCCAUCAAGUCGAUAGUUAUGGAUACGCACAUCCAGAAGUUAAAGAAAAAAAAAUAAAGAAACACAGUGAUUCAACCGAUCAAAAAAUAAUCUUAGUCGAUGCUGAUGAAGAGGAUGAAAAACGUAGAAAUGAAGAAAAGAAGUCCAAGAAGGAAGAAAUGGAAAUGAUUGAUCUUUAGUUUGGAAAACUGGUUUUGCUAUCUAGUUUUGAUUCCAGGAAUAGCGGGUGAGGAUAUUGCCGUAUAACUGGAGUAAGUUUUGGCGAACAUUUUCAUUUUUUUAAAAUUUUUA